AUGGAGGAGGCAGCGCAGGCCGUGUCCUCCAUGCACCGCUGCAACGUCACGGGGGUCACGCAGAGGAUGAGAGAGAGUGGCGUUUGUUUUGACGAUGACAUCACUCACCACGGAGCCACCACUGACCUCGGCCUGAGAGAGCCUGAGUUUGUCACCAAGAGUGUGUCACCGAGUUUGUCCCACACUGACCCCAAUGUCCAACGGAUGUGA